AAGUGCCUUGUACAUUAAUGCAUCAGUUCUCUGAACAUUUUAUAUCUCCAGCUAUUUUUUUUAUAUACAAUAUUCCGCAGUUUGAUUCAUCUCAAGAGGUUGCAACAGCAAGAGAUGAAUAUGCUAAGAGGGAUCUGCACACUUUUGCUGCUUUGUGGAACAGUCUCUGAACUUUUCUUGUCCGCUGAAGCUCUUCGUGAUGGAGACGUGAGACUGGUUGAUGGAAACAGCACCUUUGAAGGUCGAGUGGAAGUUUAUUACAGAGGAACCUGGGGAACAAUUUGCGAUGAUGAAUGGGAUAUUAAGGAUGCUUCUGUAGUCUGCAAAUCUUUAGGGUUUUUUGGUGCCAGUGAGGCCAAAAAGGGAGGCGCGUUUCCAGCAGGGAUUGGCUCCAUUCUGUUGGAUGACGUUAGCUGCACUGGGAAUGAGAGUUCUCUGGGAGAUUGUAAGUUCAAAGGCUGGGGAACAAGUGACUGCAAACACACUGAAGAUGCUGGGGUUGUUUGUGUCCCAAGUGAUAAUGAUGGAAAUUUCACAGUUUAUACCUUGGAUAACUCCUGUGAGCUCGGAACCUCUCUCAGUGCUCUCUUUGACAGCCAGAAGAAUUGUGAUCUCUUCAUCACAGUGAAAAGUAAAUCGAGACAGUCGCAGCUCUGUGCUCAUAAGCUCAUCUUAAUGUUGAACCCUGAAGCAAACUUUCUGCUCAAAGACAAUGAAAAGCAAGUCUCCCUCAAUAUGCAGGACCACUGUGUGCCACAGGUUAACAAAUUUAUCAGGUAUUUAUACAGUAAUAAGAUAAAAGUGACGUUGGCAUCUGUGAAGUGCAUCCACCAGUUGGCCUCAGAUUACAAAGUUUCCAGUCUGCAGGAGUAUACAGCCCAGUUCUUUGCUAUCCUGAUCCCACAAGAUCCGUCCUUCAGGAAGCAGCUAGAACUUCUUGUUUAUGCAGAAUCAAGCAAUGACCCUAAACUCAGACAACUCUGUCUCCAGUACCUGGCUUGGAAUUUUGAGACCUUCUCUCAGACCAGUGCCUGGUAUACACUAUCUGUUCAACAGCUGUCCUCACUGCUCGACAGGAGUGAUCUUGUUGUCAAAAGUGAGCUGGAUCUACUCCGGGCUCUGCAGAAUUGGAUCAGUACCAAUGGUGUGCAAGGGGAGAGUCAUAAGCAGCUUAUUGAGAAAAUACGGUUAACAAUAUUAACACCUGAAGAACUUUUCAAUAUCCAGUUUAAUUUAACACUAUACCAAGAGCAUAAACACACUUUUCAACAUAAGAUGCUACAAGCUCUGACAUACCACACAGUGUCUUUCCAAGUACUAAAGAAACAUAUAAACCUGACAGAUGAUUUAUACACACCCAGAAUUUAUACCUCACCCACAUGGGGUGUAAAAAUAAAUUAUUAUAGUCAAAUGAACUUCAAUACUCCAAGGCACACCAGCUUUAUGUAUGGUUCCCAUUUGAUCCAAUGGAAUGCAAUUUAUAUAAAAAAUACACAGCAAUGCAGGAACUAUGGUUUCACUUGUACAACUGAUAUUUUGCCUGGUCUAAGGCUCUCUACCAGUUUCUCUGACCCAAACAUCCAAUACCGUAAUCUUGCACUGCAGAUAUGUGAUGGAACCCAUGUUAUAGGGUUACUGGAGUUGACCAAAAACAAGCUAGUUCGGCUUCCGGAUAUUAAAAAUGGCACCCAGUUUCCCUGCCCCUCACAGUCUGUCACUUCAAGGGUGGUGGUUCGUCCUACUUACAUCACUAGUUGAACUUUUGCCCAGGAAGUCAUCUUUUCAGUCCUGGAGACAUGGAAGAAGCAUUAGUAAGUCCUCCUGUGCUUUUUCAAGUGUACAAAGACCCUUUUAGUUCCAAAGAUUCAAAAGCUCCCAAAUCAAAACUAAUUGUCUAAAUGAUCAAUCUCUCUAACAAAAGGAAGUCUUUUAACACUUUGAGUGUCAAAGGCCUCAAACAUUUGAUUCACAUCUGUUUAACCCUAGUUCCUGUAACCAUAUUUUAAAGCAAUACAAGUAAAAAAAAAUGCAUUUCUUACAUUGUGUACCUGGCAUUUUUGACUAAAUUAAUUCUGUAAUUGGAAAGUAAACACCAAAAAUGUUAUUGUUUGUAAAGAAAGAUAAUCCCUUUAUUUACCAUUCCCCAUAACCAACACUGUUAGAAAUAUACUUUUUAACUAUGUAAUUACCUUGUAUCUAAGCUUCUGCUGACUGCCUCCUUUUCUCAGAUCAUUUGACAGACUUGCAUUUUAGGCAAUUAGUGCUGACUCUUAAAUAACUUCACGUGCAUGAGCACAGUGUUAUCUACAUGAAACACAUGAACUAACGCUGUCUUGCUGUGAAAAACUGUCAAAUGCUUUUAGAUGAGAGACGGCCUUCAAGGGCUUAGAUCUCUGACUGGAUGCAAUUCCUAGAAGUAUGGGACAGCAUUAUGAAACAAGGGAGAAAUAAAGAAAUGAUAGUUGCCACUUCCUUCAUAAUAAGGAAUGAUUUUAGCUACACUGAAAGGCUUCUUUACCUGCUUUAUUUUGAAGGCCAUAACUUACUGAACGUCUUAAAGGAAACAAAGUUUCAUAGGUAUGAGGGAAGAUUUAAAUCUUUGAAUUAGGAAAGUUGAGAGACUGCUGCAGAGGCAUGAGUCUCUGAGUACUAGAGAAGAACAGGCAUUAGAUUGAGGUAUUUGAAUUGUAAGAGAUGUACAUGAAUAAACCGUUUUUGUUUCACUAAA